AUGCGCUGCCUCGGUUCAGAGCGAACUCCACUGAUUGUGAUUAAAGAGGGGAAGACGUGGCGAGAAGCCCUGAGGUUCUGCAGACAGAAUCAUGUGAACCUGGUUUCUGUUCAGUCACAGGAAAUGCAGGACUGGGUGGGAGUAGUUACUCAAAAUGCCUUCACUAAUGUGACACGUGUGUGGAUUGGUCUGCGUCACACCUGCGCUCUGGGCUUCUGGUACUGGGGGACAGGAGAGACCAUCUGCUACCAAAACUGGGCUCCAGGUAACGGGACCGGAGUGGAAGACUGUGGUGAUGUGGAGAGAACCGGAGCGAUGCUGUCAGACAGUAAGAAGUGGAUCAGCCUGCCAGAGACUCAAACACUCCCCUUCAUCUGUGUCACCACCUAG